AACAAACUUUAUAUAUUGAUUGACAUGUGAUUUACAGGUUAAAAUUAUUUUAAAAGAGUUGAGAAAGAGAAAUCCUUUAUUAAGAAGAAUUCUAUUAUAAUUUAUCCUCUAGUGAUUCUGCGAGGAAUAUUGCAGAUAUAUUUAAACAUUAUAUAAAAUCAUUUGCUUUUUUUUAUUAAUUAUCACGGAGGAUUUGUAUAAUUACUGAGAAUUCUCGUUUCUUGGGCAUUCUAAAUAAUUUUUUGCGAUAUAAUUUUUCCGAAGAAUGUUGCGAAUAUUUGAAAGACAAAUUAUUCGAAACAUACGAGAUACAAAAAGAUUAAAUACAUGGUCAUCUCUCGCCACGGCGUUUAAUUCUAUCGUUAAUGAUGAAAGUCUGGUGAACAUAUCGAAGAAAGAAACAGGAUUAUUUGGUAUUCUGGAACUUAAAACUGAAAAUGGUUUUGAUAUAUUAAAAAAUCAUGCACUGGCGCAAGUUGAUAUUCUCAUCGAAGAAGCAACAAGUAAGAACAGAAAGAGAAAAAUGGUAGAAAUAUUUGAUGAAUUAUCUAAUACAUUAUGUAAAGUAGCUGAUAUGGCAGAAUUUGUUAGAAUUGCUCAUCCUGAUCAACGAUAUGUUCAAGCUGCUGAAGAUGCUUGUAUAACUAUAAGUGGUGCAGUUGAAAAACUAAACACACAUCGUGAGUUGUAUGAUUCACUAAAACAAAUAACAAGCAAUGGUGAUACUCAAUUGACAUCUGAUAUAGAUGAUCAUGUAGCUAAAUUAUUUCUAUUUGAUUUUGAGCAAUGUGGUAUACACUUGCCAGAGAGACAAAGAAGAAGAGUAGUUGAGCUAAACGAUUAUAUCCUGCAAAUAGGUCAAAAAUUUAUGGCUGGCGCUGUUACUCCAAGGACAGUUAACGCUGAUGUAUUACCCAGUGUCAUCAGGCAGCAUUUUGUAACAGAAAAUGGUCAGAUAUUAGUCCAAGGAUUUUAUACAGACUCUUCUAAUACUGCUGUUCGCGAAGCGGCAUACAAAUUGUUUUUAUACCCGGAUAAAGAGCAAGAAUACCUAUUGCACGAACUGUUGCAUUCCAGACAUUUGCUGGCGGAAUUUUGUGGAUUUGAAUCAUAUGCACAUAGAGCUGUGAAAGGCAGUACAGUUCAGACGCCAGUUGUAGUAAAGGAAUUUCUCAAUAUAUUAAAUGAUAACUUGCAACCUAAAGCGGCACAAGAUUUUCAAGAAAUGCAAAAAAUGAAAGAUGCUGAGUCGCGUGUAAAACAAGAAUUGAUGCCAUGGGAUACACCAUACUUCAUAGCAAAGGCGAAAAAAGCUUGGCUGAAUACUUCUACUGAUGAAUUUGCUCCAUACCUUUCUCUUGGUGCUUGUAUGGAAGGUCUAAAUUUCCUCACGCAAUCAUUAUACAGAGUUAAGCUCGAAUCCGUCCCAAUAUUAUCCGGAGAAGUAUGGGCGAAUAAUAUACAUAAAUUAGCUGUAAUAGAUGAAGAGGAAGGAAUCUUGGGUUAUAUUUACUGCGAUUUCUAUGAAAGGGCAGGAAAGCCUAAUCAAGACUGUCAUUACACGAUUCAAGGUGGAAAGCAGCUUUCAGAUAAUUCUUAUCAGAAUCCCAUAGUUGUAAUUAUGUUGUCACUACCGCAUCCACGUUGGUCAAAUCCAUGUUUAUUAAGUCCGUCAUCUGUGAACAAUUUAUUUCAUGAAAUGGGACAUGCGUUACAUUCUAUGCUUGGUCGAACAAAAUAUCAACAUGUUACUGGUACUAGAUGCAGUACAGAUUUUGCAGAAGUGCCAAGUGUGUUAAUGGAAUAUUUUGCGAGUGAUUCUAGGGUCAUAUCGAAGUUCGCAAAACAUUUCCAAACUCAAGAACCAAUGCCGGAAAAUUUAUUGUAUAAACUGAGCGCUUCAAAGAAUAUUUUUUAUGCUUCUGAACUACAAAAUCAAGUAUUUUACAGCAUGUUGGAUCAAGUAUAUCACAGUGGUAAAUUAACAAAAUCUACCACCGAGAUUUUAGAAGAUGUACAGAAAGAAUAUUAUGGUCUUCCAUAUGUAAAAAAUACGGCAUGGCAAUUCAGAUUUUUUCACUUGGUCGGAUAUGGUGCAAAAUAUUAUUCUUAUCAAAUAUCUCGUGCAAUUGCCGCAUGGAUCUGGCAAACCUAUUUUCACGACAAUCCUUUCUGUCGAUCAUCGGGUGAUCGUUAUCGAAAAGAAUGUUUAGCACAUGGAGGUGGUAAACCACCAUCGCAGUUAGUGUCAGAUUUCUUAAACAAGGAAGCUAAUGCCGUCACAUUUGCAAAAUCAUUAAUCAAUGAAGUUGAUAUGAAAAAUCUGCAUGUGCAAAGGAUAAAUGUCGUACAGAUAAUUGAGAAACGCAGUAUAUAAGAUAAUGCGAGAAGAUAUCAAGUUCAUAUACUCUACCUUCACUUCCUGAGGUUAUCCCUAAAUCUAUACAUGGCAAUAUGAAGCUAUUAUCUUCUCUUGCUAGAAUGAGCGCAAGUGAUGUACCAAAACGCUAUUUUGCUGUGGCAGUACUAUCUUCUCUCGAUUAAAAAACUACCAAUAGUCUUUUGGUAUGCAUUUACAUAACUGCGUUUGUAUUUGAUGAUUAACAGAUUUGUGUUAAAAUUCUCAGUGAGCAGUCUGUUGAAAUAAGCUGAACAUUCUUGUCAGUAAACAUUUCUGCAUUCGUAAAAUGUAUUAUUUACUAAUCUAUUUUAUAAAUACAUGGACAUGAAACAAUUUAA